AUGAGAAAUCUGAAGUAUGAAGAAGAUGACGAAGCACAAAGUAAAAGCAGUAAAAGUAAAAAUGUUAAAAAAAGAAAAAGAGGAGAUGAUGAUGAUGAUGAUGAAGAAGAAUCCAAAAACGAUGAAGCAGAAUCUGAAGUCGAUAAUGGAAGUGAUGAAGAGGGUAGUAGAGAACAUAAAAGAGCUAAAAAGAGAAGAUAUAUUUGUCAGGAUAAAGACGGGAAUUUUGUACCUUUGGCAUAUGUUUGUGCUGAUGUUUAUCACAAGAAAACAUGCAGGGCCCUUUUUCCCCAUGAUCCCGAUGAUCCACACGGCCGGCCACCAAAUUGUGAUUUAGAUGAAAUAAAAGAUGUAGUCUAUAAAUGUGCACAUCAUUGCAAAGUUUGUUGUAUGUUAGCUGCCUAUGGCUGUGGUGAUGAUCCUACUUAUGACUUUGAUUGUGAAUCACGUAAACAUUUGUGUGAAAAACUGCCUAAAUUGAUGAAUAUAGCCUGUCCCUCUAGUUGUGGAACAUGUCACAUAGGGCCCUGUAAAGAUACAGUAGAUGGCUGUAUUUCGAUGAGAUCAACAAUGUGUAAACACCACAAAGAAUUUAACAAAGAUUUACACGAAUGUGCCCGUUCAUGCAAACUUUGCACACCUAGAUGUGUCGAUUUAAGUGAUAAAUGUGCAGAAGCUGACCAAAGUGCUUGUCUACGCCCACCAGAUGAUAAACCAGAAGAAAAUGUUUAUUAUAAGGCAAUGUCUAGAGUUUGCCGUAAAUCUUGUAAUUUAUGUGAUGAACCAUUCGACGAUUUGGAGGAAUCUAAAUUGAUUGAAACAAAAUUAAAUAAUAAAAGAACAAGAGAAGAGGAUGAUGAUAUAAUUAGUGAAGUAAUUAAUGGUAAUGAUGAUGGAGAUGAAGUUGUGAGUAAAAGACGAAGAAUUAAUUCAAAUAAUGAUGAAAGUGAAAUGGAGGGGGAUAACGAUAAUGAUGAUAGUGGAGUUGAAGAUAAAUAA